GGGGCGUGAUUGGAGUGUCUGGCUCCGCUCCAGGGCAGAGAGAGCCUCUAUAUAUGCUCGGAGAGGGGAAAGCUGCAUCACAGAGAGAACUGGAGCCGCCUCGUCCUGCCUUGUCCCACGGUCUGCUCAAAGCUGAGGAAAUAACUGCUUGACAAAAUGUGCAAAGGAUUAGCUGCCUUGCCACACACAUGUCUGGAGAGAGCAAAGGAGAUCAAGACCAAGUUGGGCACACUUCUCCAGAAGCCUGACUCGGCUAUUGACCUGAUCAUCCCAUACCCAGAGAAGCCGGAGAAGCCAGCCAAGACCCAGAAGACCUUGCCAGAUGAGGCUUUGCAGUGGUGUGAGUCCCUGGAGAAGCUCCUGCAAAAUGCUUAUGGGCUUGCCAGCUUCAGGAGCUUCCUUAGAUCUGAGUUCAGUGAGGAGAACAUUGAGUUUUGGAUUGCCUGUGAAGAAUACAAGAAAAUCAAGUCCCCCACCAAGAUGGCUGAGAAGGCCAAGAAAAUUUAUGAGGCGUUCAUCCAGACGGAGGCACCUAAAGAGGUGAAUAUCGACCACUGCACCAAAGCUGUGACCAUGAAGAACUUGGUGGAGCCAUCAGUGAGCAGCUUCAAUGAGGCUCAGAAGCGGAUCUUUGCCCUGAUGGAGAAGGACUCCCUGCCCAGAUUUGUGCGGUCAGGGUUUUAUCAAGAGUUAAUCAAGUAGCAAUGUAGCAAGCCUGUGCACUGCAUCCCCUGCUAGGCACUCAUUGUGAGCCAUGCCUCUUUCCAAAUCUCACCUUUAGUCUGUAGCUGCUUUGCCUUAAAGAUACCAAACUGAGAAAGCACUCAACUGCAUUUCUAAACUCCUUUCACAUUGCUUUGGACUCUCUCCUAUGUGCCAAGUGUCUCCUUUUCUACAGUCUCUUUCCCUGCUCCCUUCCCAAGAUCCCUGUUAUGAAAAAGCCCUAGUGAUUUUAUCCAUUGGUCUUAGACUGCAUUACUGAGAGUCAUCUCGGCAGCCAGUUGACAGCAAGCUUGUCAAGAGUAGUUCCAUGGAGGCUUGCACUCAUCUGGUAUGCAGGGCUGUGGCCUGUAGAGCUUAUAGGUCCUAGGUCUUGUCCACACUACAGAGUUUUGUCAACAAAAGUUAUGCUGACAUACAGCAACCGCUUUAAUUAAACUGCUGUUCCAAGUCCAGACUAGCUCCUUGUGUUGGCAGAGCACAUCCACACUACCAGCUCUUGCAUCGACACACAGAGCAGUGCACUGUGGGUAGCUAUCCCACCGUGCAACUGGCCACAGGGUGCUUUGGGAUAAGUUUGCAAUGCCUCAUGGGGCAGGCACAGCGUUACAUGAUGUAAGUUUCUCGUUCCAUGGGCAUCCUACUAGAUUGCCAGCUGCUUUUCAACUAAAGUGGGUGGGGGUGGGAGGGUGUGUGACAGGAUGUGUGUGUUGGGGGGGGGAGACAGAGUGUGUGUUGAGGGAGUGUAUGAGAGAGUGGGAGUGUGUGUGUGUUGGGGGACAGUGAGUGUCUUACCAUGCUGUCUUUGUAAGUCCAAACAAUCCUGAGGUGGUGGUGGGGAAUGUCCCCCCCCAAACAGCCCCCUCCUCCCUCCCUUGCUCUGCACAGCACAGCAGUCUCUCCCUCAUCUCCCCUGCUCUGUCUGCCACUGUGUUCCUAGUAACAGGGAGAGCAGGACUCCAUGUUAAGGGUCCUGUGAUUCCCUCCACGUUCUCCCAUAGCCUCUUGAGCCCACAGACCAAUGAUCCACCCCUCACCUGUACUAAUGUCAAAGCUUCCCAGAGUUAUGAAAGGGGAGGGGUGCAUACCUGCACAGCAGCGGAGUUCAAAACAGUGAACAGAGUGGUCACAGCAGGCAUUGUGGGAUACUGGGGAAGGUUAGUUACAUUGACAUAACGAACAGCAUGUCACUUUGUCGCUUUAACUUUGCCCCAAAAUGCUCUCUGACUCUCAUUGAGGUGGUUUUAUUUUAUUGGCAAAACAGGGAAGUUUUGCCAGAAAAAGUAGCACUGUAGUGUGUACACCUCCACUGUUCUGUUGAUAAAAGCUGCCUUUUGCAGACAAAACUGUAUACUGUACACAAGGCCAUAGUGUCCAAUGCUCUAUCUGGAUCUGAGCAGACUUUAUUCAGAUAAACUCAGAUGAGAAUCAGAGAAGCAUCCAUACUUCAAUGUUUAUCCAAAACAACCACAUGAAUGAGCUGCUAGACCCUAUGUCCUCACCCAUCCCUACUCGCACAUCAGAUUACACUGGUCUGAUACCCUUGCUGUGACCUAGGGUGACCAGAUGUCCUGUUUUAAAGGGACAGUCCCGUUUUUUGGGAUUUUUUUCUUAUAUAGGUGCCUAUUACCUCCCACCCCCAUCCUGUUUUUUCAGUUGCUCUCUGGUAACCCUACUGUGGCCAGCUGGAUGAACUGAACAUGUGAAAUACUAAUGGCAUGGAAAGGGAGUUAAAAUACUCCUGUCUUCUCCUGCCCCGGCCCAAGACCUUGAAGUGACUGUGCUCUAAGUGCUAGCACUUGUGUGGUUGUGACAGUCUUUGAGGGAGGAGGUGUUCAACAGCAAGCCCUCCUGAAUGAAAGCCACCUCAGUUCUUCUGAAGCAUUUGCUUUCUGAGGGCCCUGACACUGAGUCUGAGACCAGCUAGAGACAGAAUUAGCUCUAAUUGCACUUUAUGUCCACACACGACAUGGUGGCUGCACAGUUAGUAACCAUAGCCAUGGCAGCAACAGUGUCUUGCCAUGGCAUGGCCAUGACAGAGACUGCCAUGCGGCUGCCUUCCUGGAUCCUGGGACACACUGUUACUUGCAAUGUAGAUCCUGCACACCCCCAGCAAACUGUGUCCACAUGACUAGUUUGGCCUGCCCUCUGUCCUCCCUGCUUUCCAAGGGGGAGCACAGCCCACUUGUUGCUCAUUCAGCAUAUCUGCUGGACACAGAAGCACUAUGGGGUUUUCCCAGCAUGCACUGAUCCAGUCACAGACAGGCAGCGUGGAAGGCAUGGGCUCACAUGGGUGUCACAAGAUUGUUUUUGAAAACAGCUGCUGUGUGGACACAAGAAGGUCAGAUGAGAAUCACAAACUGGUAACAAUGACAGUUCAAUUCAUGCCAAACCCAGGUACAGGGUGUAAUUAGAGCUCCCAGACUGCACUCUUCAGCUAUAGUAACACACUUCCCAUUGUCAGUGUGCUGCGGGAGGCUAUUGUGAGUGAUAGGCCCUUCAACAUACCACCUCUGCUGGAACAAACAACGUCCUUUUGAGCAGGAGACAGGAAGAAAAAUAAAACAAACAUCAUUAUCCAAAACACUGAGACUGCUGACUAGCAACCCAGAGCUCUGCCUGCAUUAGAUUUAGUGAGCUUGUCAUUUCCAGAGCCAUAUACAACCCCACAAUGCCUAUGCACAGCCUUACUCAAUGCUCCCCAGGUGUUUAGAGGUGUGUUUGACUCGUCACCAUGGGUGUCCUGCUGUUGAAGGCCUGUCCUAGUUAUUCUCUCAAGAGCAGCAAGCUAAAGUGAGAGUUCUGCACCAACCCAAAAGAGAAAGUUCAUUAGAAGAGGUAAAACUUGUUGAAAGAACUUUACUAAUAGAAACAGUUUGGGUCAAUUGCUGAGAACAGCCCUGAAGAAAAGGCAUCAGUGGAAAUUGGAGAAAUAAAACCCUGCCUUCUUGAACAGAUGGCAAAUGGUGCUGAGCUUUGUGCAGUCCAUUUCCCUCUGUCUAGGCUCCUCAUUCUGUUUAGAUGGGGCAUACAUAUUUGUAUUGCUGACACAAUUGGCCAGUUUGUGUUCAAGCAGGAUGACAGGACCGGUGGGGCUUCUGGAAAGUGACAGACUUUUUUCAUUUUGCAAAAUAUUACAGCUCACAGACUUUAGCCUUUGCCCUUGGUUCCUGCCCAGCUCAGCAGCCACCAGAAGUUGUGACCAUGUGCAGACUUUCAAGGGUGGGGGUGCUGUGUGAAAUAAAGCUGGGAUCUCAACCCAGUUUCAAGCUAAGUGUCCAUCAGAAGCAUGAUUGGCAGAAACUGGGCCCCCUGCUGGUGAAAAGGCCAGGGACUGACUGGACCUUGACAUGAAUGUCUUUUCUCCUCCGGGGGGUUUCCUAGGAAGCCUGCAAUGCCACUGCUUGUGAUAAGACUGCCUGUGGCUAAAUACAGGACAUCAGUGUCCACAGCUGACGAUCCAGCAUUUUUAUUUUUUAAAAUCAGUUACAAAACUCGCAGCAAUCUGUUAAAAUGGGCCACCCAGGCUCAGAAUCCAGAGCUGGCAAUCCAGAGCAUGGGUGACUGCGUGCAACAUGCAAUAAAAUAAACAAUGGGUUUGCAAACCUUUUAUACACUUACAAAAACUAUCAAAAAAUCAUCCCCAAAUAUUUACACCUCGUUUCCAUGGUGACAGAAUAAAAAUACAUAGCUAGAUGGGCUGAACAUUCCAGGAAACAAACUCUGGUAAUGCAUUUAUUUUUCUUUCUCUCAAGCAAAUGGCCUGGGAAAGUUAAAGGCCUCAUGACAGGGCUACUGCCUGGUAUUCUCAUUCCCUUCCCCUGUGUGAAGAUGUAACCCCUCUGUCAGUCAUCCUGCAAGGUGGUACAGUGGCAAUAUCACAAUGGGCCCAACCCAUUGCAAAGGUACCUCACACAUCUUUCACCUCCCCGUUGAGAAAGUAAAAGGUUAGAGCAGAAAAUAUCCCACAACAGCAGCCUUUUUCUGUCUGGCUUUGAAGGGAAAUAGGUUAGGAACAGAAAUGGGGCUAUGACCAAAACUGGUUCAGCAGUUACAAUAUAGGAUAACCACGCCAUCGCAGGGCCACAUUCACUCCUGGUGUAAUUCUACUGAUUUUAGUGCAGGUAUCUCAGAGAAUUAGCUUGGUUCAGUAUGUCAUUGCAUAACACAGAUGGCCAGAAUGCAGGCUCAAAUGGGCUCCCAGCAGAAAGACUCCCGCAUGUCAUUCACUUGUUUAAGAUGUUGCUGGAAAGACUGAAAUGCCUCACAGGUACAUUGGGAAUUCAAAUUUGUAAUCGCAAGUUAACCAAACAAAUCGUGUUUUAAUUGGCAAUAUAUUUAAUCCCCUUCUCUCGCUUUCUCCAGUAAGACCCUGCCCUAUGGACUGCCACCAAUGGGUGACUUCUUGUUAGUUUAAGUAACCUCUUUAAGGUAUCUGCACGUUUCCAGUUCUCUACUUAAAAAGUCAUUCUCCAGGACGUAUCUGGUUUGGCUGGUCCUUUGAGUGGUUGCUUAAAAUGAACAGCUCUCUAUAUACAUAUAUGCACAUACACACACACACACAGAUUUUCAGUCAGUUUCUGCUAGGUGUCCAAAUUUGUUCAUGCAAAUAUUACAUGCUCAGCUGAUUGUUUGCCUAGUUAUCACAUGUAUGCCUGCAAAACAGGUACUUCAGGCCUAACUAUCCCAUCUGAUCACACAAACAUGCACGGGCAGUCAUUCCACAUCCAAAAUUCAAGGCCAUCUUUUGAAAAUGUGAUCCUAAAAGUCUGCUCUUGUAGCUGUCUGAUUUGGAUUCCAACACAUGUAAUCUUUCUUCCCUGAAUCCUGCUGCAGGGUAAUUUACACAGGAGAACAAGUUGGGCUGGGUUGGGUAUUUAUGGUGAAGUCAGGACUGUGCCUUGCACUCAUUAAAAGGAAAGGGGGAUGCCAUAGGUAUCAAGUGUGCCAUAGGAACCACAGGCAUCAGAUGUACAUUGACCAUUUCCUGACAGUUGGAGCUGUGAAAAGUGCUGUGGAUUAUUUUGGUAACCACUGGUGAGUACAUCCUAACCUGUGCUCUUCUACCAGAUACUCAAACUUCUCAGAUCUUCCUCAGUCAACCAGAUCUCUCCCUUCAUAGUGCUCCUUAGAAAAUUCCUUUUUGUCUCAUGAAAGCACAGUCCACUCAUGUCCAUAAAGACCAGAUAUUGGCUCUAUUGGGACAGCACAGUGAUGUGCUGGGUGGCCCUGUGCUGAGAUGUGGUUUGUAGCCUAAAAACUGCUUUGGUUUGUGAUGUGCUAUCACAACCACCUCUGGUGGCACCUGGGCAGCAGGAAGCCUUGAGCCUGGGUUUGAGUUCUUUUGAAAGUAUAGUCUAUCAGAAACCCCUCCUGGCCUCCACUUCUGCUACAUAAAGGAUAAACCUCCUCUCCUAGAUACUUAAUUUUGAACUAGGGCCAAUUUAGCCUAAUUCUCUAUUAGCUACAGAAGGGCCUGUGCAGUGUGAUCUCAGAAGCAUUUGGGAUUUCUAAAAGCUGUGUUUGUGUAGACUGUUCACUUUGUUUAUUCACUCUGGUAUAUAAACAGUCUGAAAGGUGACAAAUGACACCAUCUGAUGAGGAAGUGGAUAAUUCUGAAACCCAAGCAGCAUCUGCUAUGGGACCGAUACCAUCUGUAAUGUGUCUAUUAUCAAAUAUUUUAUAUAUUCUCUGUUACUCGUACUUUUAUUAUGUUACACAUAUAUCAGCACGAUAUAUACAGCAUUAUAUAUCUGUAUUCUUAUAUACACGUUAUAUAUAUAUUCAUCAUGUUAACUUCACUUGAGUCCUUAGUGAGUCAGUGAAUCAAAACAUACAAUUUAAAUGCAUGUUAGCUAAAAGCAAGAUUGUUCACGUUUCACACUUGUCCAUUGUCUCUCACAGCCAUGAGCACUGAGUAGAAGUAGAAUGGUUUCAGGUAUUUUAUUGAGCUAAAACUCAACCUUUCAUUGGUAUCUUCCUAUCUCUUUUUUGCACUGUGUUGACAUAUUACUCCUUUAUUGGAGCAGCAGCUAUUAUCUUUAGAAAAGAAGCAAGUGGAUGUGUGCUGUUCUGGGGAAAGGCCAGUGGCCAGGGACCCUCUCCUGGCAAGGCAACCCCAGGCUGAAUUUCUAGGUCUCUGGUCUCAGUGCAUUGCUUUCAUGUGAGUUCAGUGGUUCCAGAGUCCUGGCAGAGCACUCAUCGGACAGAAAGCCCCUCUCUUGGCAUGUCAUGCUGCCCCAAUUGCCUCCUGGCCAUGGGUGUUGAGGCCACUUGCCAUGUGUCUCUGUUAGGCUGUGUGAAUUGCACCCUCCCUCUCAAUGAGACCCAUUCUCAUUGUGCACCGUUAAAAACCUGUAUCUAUUCCAUCGUGCCUGUGCUGUUAACUGACCUGAGCGGGCUGUGGAAAUACCUUGUGCAUCUGGUACAGAAUCUGGAAAAUCUUCAGGACCAUAAUCUCUUUAAAUCUGCCCUCUGUACCCUGAAGAGGUUAACAUCAUGUAAUGUCAAACCAAACCACAUCCCACUACAAGAGGUGAACAUCUGUGUGGGUCAACUCCCAUGACAGGGCCUGUCUUGUAGGGUGCUGAAUGGUUUCCCCCAAGCGGCUCUUAUUCAUCGAAACCCGUGGCCUCAGGCCUCAGUGCAGGAUGGUACAAGGUGUGUGUCCCCCCGCAGAGGCAUUGCCAUGUCAGAGCAAUGCAGGCUAGGUCAACUGGGUCUAUUUUGUAACAUGCAUGUAACCUUCAAUAUAACCAGAAUAUAAAAAUAUUAUCACUG